CGCCUCCGUGCUCCGCGGCUGUCAAUCAAGUGACGUCCACGGUUUCUGCAGGUGAGCGGAGAACUGCGGCACUGGUGCAUUCGCAGCUGCAGCGAGAAAUAUAUCGACGAUGGCUUCAGCGACAGACGCGCGCUACGGGCAGAAGGAGUCCUCCGACCAGAACUUCGACUACAUGUUUAAGAUCCUGAUCAUCGGGAACAGCAGCGUGGGCAAGACCUCCUUCCUCUUCCGCUACGCCGACGACUCCUUCACGCCGGCGUUCGUCAGCACGGUGGGCAUCGACUUCAAGGUGAAGACCAUCUACAGGAAUGACAAGAGGAUCAAGCUGCAGAUCUGGGACACUGCAGGCCAGGAGAGGUACAGGACCAUCACAACUGCCUACUACAGAGGGGCAAUGGGUUUCAUUCUGAUGUAUGACAUCACCAAUGAGGAGUCUUUCAGCGCUGUCCAGGACUGGUCCACGCAAAUCAAGACGUACUCCUGGGACAACGCUCAGGUCCUUCUGGUGGGUAAUAAGUGUGACAUGGAGGACGAGAGAAUCGUAGCGGCGGAGAGAGGCAGGCAGCUGGCGGAACACCUAGGGUUCGAGUUCUUCGAGGCCAGCGCCAAGGACAACAUCAACGUCAAGCAGACGUUCGAGCGGCUGGUGGACAUCAUCUGCGAGAAGAUGUCGGAAAGCCUGGACACGGCCGACCCGGCCGUCACGGGGGCCAAGCAGGGCCCCCAGCUCACCGAGCAGCCGGCACCCCCUCACCAGGACUGUGCCUGCUGAAGAGCCGCCCCCCACCACCACCACCGCGAGAGCGCCAGGCAGCAGGGCCGGGUAUGGGAGGUCAUCAAGCUCGCCCCCUCCCUCCCUCCCUCCCUCCCAGGCUGCUGUGUCCUCUGGCUUUUCGUUCUUCUCAACUAGUCUAACGAUUUCCAACCUCGAUAACAUCCACUUCCCUUUGCAGGGGGGGCGGUUUAGCCACGCGUUUUGUAGGCAGCCUCCCUAUAAUCAGGUGUAGAGAUCCGUUUAUCAACACCAGAUCUGGGGGGACGAAAAGGUCUCAAGAGUACACAAGCAGUGUGACACUAUCGGAACCUCCGUCACUUGAGUUUAAAUGAUGUAGGACACACAAGGUGUAAGACCUCCUUUCCUUGAAAUUCCACAUCCACCCCCUGUGAUCCCAAGGAUUUUCCAUGUCUGUAUCAUGCUGUUACAUUUCGUGAAGUCCUGGAACUGUAAUUGUUUUUUUUUUUGUAAUCUUGUUUCAGUACAUUCUAUGAACAAAUUCUAUAGGAACAUUUGUGUACAACAAAAACAAAACAAGUAGGGUAUCUUUUAACAGCUUUAUGUUUGAGAUGUGUAUAUACUGGGCAUAUAGUAUAUCUAUAGAUAUAAAUUUUAAUAAAGUAUAUGAAGAUAAAGUACUACUAAUAAUUUAAGAAAUCUAUAAAUCAGACAAGUUCUAUGUUAAAUCAGAGGCCUAGGUUACAGAUGUCUUGUUAUUUUGUAGUGAAAUGUAACUAAGUUUCUGCAGAUCCACCCAGAGGAACCUCAGAUUAGUUUUACAGUGGAUGUAUAUAUCCUGUCAUGUCGUAAAGUCUUAAGAGAAACUUGGUAAUCUAUCCUGUGGUAUUUAGAAGGUUUUGUAGAACGCCAACACAUCCAUUUCCAGUUUGAAAAAUAUUCCACUCACAUCCACAAAAAAUGGUGAGAUCAAAACCAGCCUUUUCUAAAAGUCACUGUUUAAAUUAUUUUAUAUGUGCGGAAUUUAGGAGGUUGAAGCAGUACUGGUCUGGUCUUCUUUAACUUUCAGUAGUGUAAGCCACAAAUAGACAGGGCUAUUCAAAUGAGACAAAAAUACUCUAAGAAUCAAGAACAGUAUUCAGUGAAUGAAAUACCAAGAGUUCAACAAAAAAAACUGUUUCUGAACAUGUUAUUAUUAUGAAUAUAUAUUAUUUAUUACUGACAGUAUAUUGCAUGUUUUUUAGCAGCUGUUAUGCUUUCAGAUUCCAUGUUUCUUUGGUCUGAGCAUGAGGUCUCAAUGGAUUAUUACCUGAAAUCUAGAAAACCUUGUUCUGUUAGUCACAGUCCGGUCUUGUUCUUGCUCACUGGCCUCCCACUGCAUGAUGGGUAAUGCAGGCAUUAGUCACUGGGUUAUGGCGUAACUGAAAGGCUGAUUUCCCUUCUGCCUGCCAAGUGUCAACACCAUUGCUUAUUCACUUAAUAGAACAAAACUUUUAACAGCAGGGGCUUUAAUGCACUUUUAGAAAAGGCAUCACUGUCUUCUCAGAACAAAGCAUGUCCAAACUUUAGAGUUGUCCAAGGGCUAGCAGCUGGGCAAGAGAAAACCUAGGUUUCUCAGAACCAUGGCAUGGUUGAACAGGUUAGGAGCAGGGAAGGUUGCUGGCCAGAGAGUGUGGAUUAGAUGAAAAGUGUUCAAAGCUGUGUUAUUCCUGUUUUGCUAGAGAAGCUCUGAAUGCGGGACUGUGCUGAUUUUAUCUUUGUUAUUUUUGUUAUUGUGAUUUUGAACAGCAUGCCUGAAAAGAGGGGGGCAAACACUGUCUCAUGUAAUUCAGAUCUUGUUUAGGCUUCAAGUUGGAGAUUAAAAGAGAAAUGUGUGGUGCAAAUCUGGGUGGCUGUUUGCCUUUUGUAAAAGAAUUAUCUAAAAGCAAAAACAACUGCUCAGGCAUUCUUUCAGAGGAUGACCCCACCAGGUUGUCUGAGUACGACAUAACCACAUGUGCCAAUCUGCAAGGACGUAAUACCUACUGUAGUUUCAGUCUGCAAGUGAAACUGAGAUUGCGUUGAUAUCACUGCAGGCUUCGUGACCACUGAUUUCCUCUGCAGGCAAGACUUCCUUCUGUGAUCAGACAUUCAUAACAAAGUUUUUGGUUGUUUUUUUUUUACAUUGUGUUAAUUUCCUUUAAAAUAUUGUUAAAAGCAGCUGGUAUCAUGUUGCAUACAAAGACUGGACAGGAAUCAAGUCCAGUGCUUUUUUCCUUACCCCUUCUGAUUCUAAACGGCUGCAUUUGCAUGUUCUCUUCGUCCAAACCUAAGUCGUGUCUCUUGCAUUGCAUGUUAAACAUGGUGCUCCAGUUUUCCAAUGGCUUUGGGGCUCUGGCAUACAAACAGAAAAGCUUUUUAACCAGCCUUGGUCCAGACUGCUAGCGAAAAAGGACACAAAAAGCAGAAGAUUAUAUGAUAGUGAGCUGUCAUUUCAAAAAAGGGGUUUUAGCACUGACCUGAAGUUGAGAGUUUCAAAUCAUAUUAGAAUUCUCCAAAGCUUAGGAGUGAAAAUUGAAGUCCUGAUGCUGCACUAAUUUGUAGGGAAGGUCACAGGGUCGUCUUGAAGAGAACAAGUUCCAACAAGAUGGUAAAGAACUAAGAGAGAACAGGGUAAUCAUGGAAUAAUUUGGGGUUUGGCCUGCUACUUCAACUCAUAUAGGAAGACAUUCCUGAACGCAAGACAUGCACCAUUGUAGAACAGUCUCUCUGUUUAAUCAAACUGUGUAUGUAAUAAGAUUCUAUUGCAAUUCAGAACAUACUCUAGUAUUUUUUUCUACAUUUGUAAAAGCCUUGUUUUUUCUUUUACUACUGAUAGGCGUCUGUACACUUACCAGGCUGUCAGUAACCUCUCUCCUGUCCUGCUGCUCCUACAGUAGAGCUGAGAUGCAUCUCCUCCAGCUUCUCCCUCCUCUUCUUCGUCUUCCUCUCUGUAAAUAAGAAUUGUAAAUAAGCUUAGUCAGUGUUGCCUGUGUGAAUUGUGUUGUAAUGACCCGAGCUUGUGACAGGCUUUAUGUUCUAAACCUGCUUGUAAACGAUUGUGUCACUUAAUUAAAAAGCAAUAUCUAAUAUUAGAAAAAAACAAGGUUGUCAACAGUAGCUCAGAGCCCGGGUGAGACAGCAAAAGUGGAAAAAAAGAAGGCAGGAGGCUCUUUGGGCACCGCAGAUGUUCAGUGAUUUAUAGAGGAAUUAAAAGAGAAGGAUUUAGUUAUGGGUAGCACAGGGGGCAAAGUGGAAAGCAUUGCUGCCUUGCAAUUCUGGAAUCCUGGGUUCUGUUCCCGACCUGGGGUCUACCUGUGUGGAGUUUGUACGUUCUCCCCCGUUCAUGUAGGUUUCGGCCGAGUUCUCUGGUCUCCUCCCAUUGUCCAAAGACAUACUGAGAGGUAAGAUGGCGUCAAGGAUACAUGUCUGUAUUUCCUGCAGCUGCCAUCCCACCAAGGGCGUACCCUGUCUUGAGCCCGUAGCUUGCUAGGCUAGGCUCCAGCUCCGGUCCCCUGUGAGCCCGAUCUGAAAGAAGUGAUCAGAAAAGGGAUGGGUGGGCGGUUGGAUUUUGUUACUACUCAUUUCUGGCCUCUAAUUAUGUAAGGCCAGUAUUUAUUAACACCCAAUUGCCAAUGUAAUAUUGGAAUUUAGCCACCUAAAAAGCGGACACAAGAAAAAAAUCCCCUUAAUAGCACAAUGUAAACAGUUUGUUUUUCUGCGGGGGGGGAGUGCAGAAAUGUGUAGUUUUGCUGCUUUCGGGAUAUGUGACUGUUUGUACCUGCUGCAGUUUAGUAUGACCGAUACUGUGACACACAACGAUGGACCCGUUCUUGACAUGUGGUCAGUAAUAAUCUGCAAGAGGGACACUGGCAAAACCUAUAGCAGAGCAGACCAGGAACUGAGGGACAAGCCUAGAGCCAGCUGCCUCGAUUGUGACGCUUGUUCAAGUGGCCUGAGAGCAAUUCGAGACUUGUGUGUGACUAACGGAGUUUAUAACAAACCUUCAGGAGGGGUGACAACAGCCAAGUUCAAUCAGCCCCCGCUGCCAAUAAUUCGUAAUCAUGCCUGAUGUCAUUUCCUCGCCUUAAACUAUAAAUAUUAUACCUAAGCCCCCUUUUCACUCUUGCUUUUGUGUUGCAUCCCUCCUUCACACUUCACCUCCUCACUCUGUAUGGAGAUUCCAGCCUCCUUGUCCUACAGCCAGGAGGGUAGCCUACAAUUAAAGUGGGUUUAGCCAAUUUGACUUCACUAAAAACCGCUCAAUACACUUCUUCAAUACGCUUAAUUUUGGGGGGGAGGGCGUUGUUAUUCCUAGUGAUUUUUAGGAAUUCACUAUUCACUAUAGGCUUUUUUUUGCACUACAGAGAAAUCUGAACACUAGCCGAAGCCUGACUUCCUUGAGUUGUCCUUUCUUUCCGCAGGAUGGUUUAAUAUUUGGACUUGAGCUGCUUUUGUUUUUAUAUUGUGUAAUGGUGAGAGUUAUACAUGGGUAGAAACCAAAGCAAACUGAAAUUCUGCGGAUCUGAGACUAGGGUAGGUAAGACCAGUAAGGGCUUGUGCUGAAGCAAUGUACUGGCCUUAGAAAUAGCCUAGGCAAACGUAUGGAUUUCUUUUUAGUUUACAACUUGACUGUUAAGCUACUGUUGAACAACCUUCUCAUAAGAGUUCAGUUCUGUUUUCUGUGGGAAAUGUGUUGUAAUUGACAAAACCUGUGGCUUUUAUUUUGAGUGUUGCUCGUUGCAAUUUUUCCCCCAAUUAUGCAUCAACUCUGAAAGCACUGAUAAAAAGGAAUUGGUUAAAUUGGUUUACAUGGAUUUUUUUAUUUUUCUUUAUGUAGGGCGGGGGGGAAUAUCUAAAAAAAAAUUAAAAAAACAUAUCUUAUCAUGCCGUAGUUUACACAAUGAGUGUAAGAAAAAAUAAAGUGUCAAACCUCUUAGAUGGUGAACAUUUCCUAAUCUGCUGUAAAUGUUGUGGAAAGUCAAUAAAAAUUCCCAAACAAAAAAUG